AUGCCACGAAAGGACAGAGACGUGUGGGACCCGCCGGAGGACCUCAAGCCGGUGGAGGCGCCGCCGUCGGCGUUCAUGCAGCACUUCCAGGACCGCGCCGUGAGGGUUGGGAAGGACGGCAGCAACGCGCAGCUCGUACGGAUGAAGCAGACAAAGCCCAUUCGCUGGUCGAACGGCAAGAAAAACGAUGACGCCUCGGCACCGCCGCCGGGCGCACUGGCUAAGAACGCCCUGCGUGCGCUGCCAAGGAAUAGAAAAAACGUAGGUGGCAUUGUUGCGCCCGAUGAGGUGUGCGCGAGGGAGCCACAGCAGCCGCUGCGUGCCCCUCACACCAACGGCUCAGGCAAUGGCAGCAACAGCAGUAACAGUUGGGGACGACUAUAUGGGGCACAGUCGCCUAGCGGUGCCUGCAACAACAAUAGGGGCACACGGAAUCCACCCAUGCCUGUGAUUGAGCUUUCACCAGAGAGGAACAUUAACUUGCGCAAGGCAGCUGGGUCUGAAAUGACAUACACACCCUCUAUUCCAUUAGACACUCCACUGCCAGACAGAGGCAUGGAUUCACCAGAUGUUCUCACCAUUGAACCCGUGCAAAAGUUGAAGCCGGUCGGUGCGUUUCCCCUUGCAUACCUCUCACCGGACACGGUGGAUGAGGUGCAUACACUAGAUGGCUUGCGGAAGCCCUUAUCUCGUCUACCUCCGCGCAAGAUCACCCUUAAUAGUGAGUCGUGCAUGCCUAAACCAACGAUGGCGAAGCAAUCCCCUUGCACACUUCUCAAGGAAUGCAGUGACGGCAGCAAAUCUCCUCGUGCGGUUCAGGCAGACAACGGCGCUUCAUCUGAACGGAGUGGGGAUGAUAGUAAUUUGGAAGCAGUGGACGACUACGAAGACGACGCGCCGGAGAUCCCGCUGUACCAGCCGAUCGGGUUGUUUCUGCACCCCCCAUCUACCGCUCCAAAGGGCAGAUGCAAACCGUCCGCUAAGGCUAAGAAACCAACCGCAACUGGCGUCAUGAGACCGUCGAGCGAUGAUGGUCCCUGUAGUCGCAACAGAAAGGUGUCAACAGGUCGUUCGCUUCGCAACGCCAUGUCAAACUCGGCGCCCCUGUCGGGAUCAGCUCCGCAGCCACCACGGCUCCGACCGCUGCCCCAGAUACAGGCUAUGGGCACGUCAACAACCAGCAGCACUGCCGGCACGGACACAAGAGAGAAUGAAGAUGAAACAGGGAAAAAGAAACCCAUAAAGUACAAAUCACACGGCUUGAAAGACUACAAGAUCAUGAUGGAGCAAGUGGCGAACCAAAAACUUGGAGGUCUGGGGCCUGCAGACACCGACGAACAGCGUCAAGCAAGGGAGCGAAUGCAGCGGCAACGGCAGUAUGGCCAACAGGUUGAGAAGCAGGCCUCGGAGAUGAUACGGGAAAAGCUACAGCAGCAACAGCAGCCAAACAGUGGACGGGGCACUGCCACAAGUGACAGCCCUGGGUCCAUACAGCAGCCACCACCACCUGAGCGGAUUCAGGCACAGGAGCGACGGGCACGGGCGUUGGAGUACGCCCGCAACCUGCCGAGACCAGAGCCUUCUGCAGGGAAGAGGCCGCACGACGAUGAUGACUCUCCGUCGUCAGAGGGGCGCGCCAUGCGCUGGCGCACACCACAGGACGAGGCGGCGUGGCUUCGCGAAAAACGUCUGGUGGAACUGGAGACCAAGCACCGCAUUGACCGGGAGCGGGUGGCGGCCGUCAAGCGGCAGCUAGGAUACUGA